GGGACUCGUAUAUUAUAUCAAAGAGAUAUAUGACGAGCGGUGUGUAGUCAGGUUGUGUCAGAGAAAAGUAAUUUUAAAAAUGUUUAGAAUAAUACUGGCCAUUUCUCUUGCGUGUGUUUGCACCACAAACGCCGCUGUGGCUCCAUUCAUCAACAAAUGUGCUGGCGAAGAUUCAAAAUGCCUAAAGGAGUCAACGCAAGCCGCUAUCAAGAUAUUCGCAGCGGGCAUCCCAAGUCUUGGAGUUGAGACUUUGGAUCCUUUAAAAAUAAAGUCAGUGGAUGCCAGUUCACCAAACCUGAAGUUACUGAUAAAGGACAUUACUGGAACCGGAUUAAAGGAUUGCAUUGCUAAGAAAGUACAACGAAACAAAGCUCAGUCAAAGUUGUUCGUAAGACUGUUGUGUACGGUGGAUUUCGAAGGCCAAUACGAUAUGAAGGGCAAACUCCUCGUGGUACCAAUCGAGGGCAUGGGCAAAGCGCACGUCGUUCUAAGGAAAAUAGAAAUAACCGUUGAAGCUGAUCUUGGUGAAGAAGUUGGAGCCGAUGGAGUGAAACACUGGACUAUUAAAGGGUGGAAACACGAAUACGCACUCAAAGACAAAACUACAAUUGAACUUGAAAAUCUAUUCGGCGGAAACGAAGAGCUAGGUCGCGUUGCCAGAGAGUUACUGCAAUCCAGCAGUAAUGAGAUUGUCGUUGAAAUUGGCCCACCGAUAGUCAAACAUGUUGCAUCGAAAAUCAUAGACAAUGUGAACAAAUUUUUCAGUUUCGUACCACAAUCUGAACUUGAGUUGUAAUAUGUUCCUGUUAUACAAUAUUAUCAAUAUACGCAAUAAUUAUAUUUAGAGCUAGCACGCCAUAGUCAAGGUAGUCUUUGAGCAUAAUAAUUAUAGGUACAUUCUAGAAAUCUGUUUCAUUUCGCUUUUACAUUAAUGUCUACCAAGUUACCUAUAAUAUAUAUCCUUAUUGAAAUGGAAUAAAUAAUUAUUAUUUUUAAUGUAAAUUAUUCAUCAUUCUUCAUUAAUAUUUAUCGUCUUCUACAUAUCAUUAUAUUGGGUACCUAUAGUUUCUAAAUACUUAAAAAUAGUAUACAGUUGUUCCUUCAUAGCAUCUGCAUUUUGUUUAUAAUAGAUUAGAAUAUUACCGUAAAUAAAAAUACGUACAAAGGUAUGUCAUAAGUAGUGAUGCUAAGUUAUUAAUACUGUGGUAUUUAUAAUAAUGAUGUCUAUAUUAAAACAAAGGAGACAGAAAAAUUAA